AUGUUCUUCAAGCGUCGCAGUCGCGCCAACAGCUACCUUGACGACUCCGCCGACUCCCCCUCUGCCAAAUCCUACGCGGCUGCCGACGCAAAGUACGACCGCCCGCCCUCGUCGCGCCACGACUCCGCCCCUCACAUCAACACCCACAACGAGCCCGUCACUGUCACCGUCGAAAAGGAUCCCGCCAUGUAUUCGCGCCAAACCGCCCCCCAGGAAACUUAUGCCGUCGGGCCACGCCCCAUGACGGGCGGAGGCCACAACGCCAUGCCGCCAAUGGAAAUGCACAGCGGCAUGGGCGACGCCGGCGCCGGCAUGGGUGGUGGCAUGGGCGGCAUGGGCGGCAUGGGCAUGGGAAUGGGCGGCGGUGGUGUGGACCUCUUGACCAGAGCAUUCAACGAAGCUGUCCGGCCCUACAUGGAGAAGAUCGAUCACCUGGAGAGCCAAAUCGUGGAGCUGAAUGCCUGGAUCGAGAGUUUGGAGCAGCAGCGUGCCGAGGUGCAUUCGUGGAUUGACAAGAGAGGACUCCGGCCUGACGUUCCUCCCAGCAUCGCAAAGCACAUGGACAGCUCCGACCCCACGGCUGCGCAAACUCUCAACGCGCAGCUUGACCGCAAGAUCACCAUCGUCAACUUCGACCUGCACCGGCUGCAAGACGAUCUGAACGACAGCAUCAGCGCCUCACACUUUGCCAGCGCCAUGGCCAAGUUCCUGCCGGACAUCGCGCGGCUGGCCGCCCUGCCAGCAGGCCCGCGUUUCGCGUUCGACCUGAUCCUCAAGCUCGGCGGCAACCUAAACAGCCACGGCGGGCUGGAUGCCGGCGACGAGGAGGACAUCGCCGCGCGACGUGACUUCUACGGACGGCUAGACAUGGCCAUGGUGGAGGUGGUGCGGCGACGUUUCGAGGAGCGCGAAGAGUGGCAUGUGCAACGCGAGAUUAAGCGCAUCGAGAAGACGGCCGCGUACCUGCGGAACUACGGCAUCGACCCCUACUUCCCUGCGACUCUGGAUCUGAUGGAGCGUAAACUGGUGAACGGCGGCGGCGCUGGCGCCCCCGCCCCCGCCGGCGGCAGUCCGCCCAGGUACACGUAAGCCACUCUAUCAACUUCUCUUCGACCACCACCACCACCACCACCACCACCACCACCACGAAGCCAAAACAGCGCGUCGGCGGCGGCAGCGGCGGUGGCCCGCAUUGGGAGAAGAGAGGAGGCAACGACUCGCGAUACCCUGCGCGACGACACCGUGCGCACGCUACGCCCGCACGCGGCAACAGCACCAUCUCUCUUUUUUCUUUUUAACUCUUCUCUGUCAGCAUUCGGGACCACGUUGUGUUAACACACGGCUUUACAGAUCACGAGAUGAUCUGAUGGACUGACUCAUCGCGAGCGUGGACGAGCGGGUGCGCGAUUCGAAGCGCGCGCUUUCCGGAGCGCGCCUCAGCAUCAGCGGUAUCAGCGGCGAGGGUGAGAGCAGCGUGGCCGGCCCCUCGGCUCGGUCGUCGCGCAGCUUGCUCGAUGUUUGGGUCGACAGCUGCGAGGACAUCGAGGCGAGGCAUCUGG